AUGGCGUUCUUCAUCCUCACGGGCUUGUUCGUGCUCCUAUCCGUCUCCCAGCAAGCCUUGGGCCAGAACUACACGUUCAUGAGGGAGGCGACGCACGCGCCGCCGGUGGCGUACUACGACUACAUCGUCAUCGGCGGCGGCACGGCGGGCUGCCCGCUGGCGGCGACGCUGUCGAGGCGGUACCGCGUGCUGGUGCUGGAGCGCGGCGGCUCCCCGUACGACGACGACCGCGUGCUGAACAUGGCGCACUUCGCGGACGUGCUGUCGGACACGUCGGCGUCGUCGCCGUCGCAGCGGUUCGUGUCGGAGGAGGGCGUGAUCAACUCGCGGCCCCGGGUGCUGGGCGGCGGCAGCUGCCUCAACGCGGGCUUCUUCUCGCGCGCCGGCGCCGGGUACGUGCGGGCCGCCGGGUGGGACGCCAGGGAGGUGCUGAGCGCGUACAGGUGGGUGGAGGACGUGGUGGCGUUCCAGCCGGAGCUGGGGCCAUGGCAGGCGGCGGUGCGGAGGGGGCUGCUGGAGACCGGCGUGGUGCCAGACAACGGGUUCACGUACGACCACAUCCCCGGCACCAAGGUCGGCGGCUCCAUCUUCGACCCGGAGGGCCGGCGCCACACGGCGGCCGACCUGCUCCGGUACUCCCGCCCCGAAGGGAUCGACGUGCUUCUCCGGGCUAGAGUCGCCAGGAUCUUGUUCAGUUACAAAGGGACCAAGCCCGUGGCGCGCGGCGUGGUGUACCGCGACUCGCAGGGCAUCAUCCACGUCGCGUACCUCAACCAGGGCGACGCCAACGAGAUCAUCCUCUCGGCGGGGGCGCUGGGCAGCCCGCAGCUGCUGAUGCUGAGCGGCGUUGGCCCCGCCGACCACCUCCGCUCCUACGGCCUCGACGUGGUGGUCGACAACUCCGAGGUCGGGCAGGGCAUGUCCGACAACCCCAUGAACGCCAUCUUCGUGCCGUCGCCAUCCCCGGUCGAGCUCUCGCUCAUCCAGGUCGUCGGCAUCACCAGGUUCGGCAGCUACAUCGAGGGCGCCAGCGGGGCCGACUGGACCACCCGCACGGCCUCCACCAGUACCGGCACGCCGGAGCGCAGCUUCGGCAUGUUCUCCCCGCAGACGGGGCAGCUCUCGACGGUGCCGCCGAAGCAGCGCACGCCGGAGGCCAUCGCGCGCGCCGUGGAGGCCAUGAGCCGGGUGCCCGACGCGGCCAUGCGCGGCGGGUUCAUCCUGGAGAAGGUGCUCGGCCCGCAGUCCGCGGGAAGCCUCGCGCUCCGCAACCUGGACCCCGACGACAACCCCGUCGUCAGCUUCAACUACUUCGCCCACCCGGACGACCUCCGCCGCUGCGUCGCCGGCAUCGAGGAGAUCGAGCGGGUCAUCCGCUCCAGGGCGUUCGCGCGGUUCGCCUACCCCAACUUCGCCUUCCCGGCGAUGCUCAACGUCACGGCGGAGUUCCCCGUCAACCUGAUGCGUGCCAACGUGCGCGGCGGCAGCGACCCCGCGGCGCUCGAGCGCUUCUGCAGGGACACCGUCAUGACCAUCUGGCACUACCACGGCGGCUGCCAGGUCGGAAGAGUUGUGGACCGCGACUACCGCGUCCUCGGCAUUGAUGCGCUGCGCGUCAUCGACGGCUCCACCUUCAAUGCCUCGCCGGGGACUAACCCGCAGGCCACCGUCAUGAUGCUCGGCAGGUACAUGGGAGUCAAAAUCCAAAAGGAGAGGAUGCUGAACGAAGGAUCAGGGUGA